AUGUCGAGAUUAAGAACAUUAUUUCAAAUACCAAAUCAACUAAUUUUAAGGACAGUAUGUACAUCUCGAAGUUUGCCAAAAAAAUUUCCUACCGUCGAGAAUUAUCGUUCUUCAGCUAUAAUAAAUCAAUUUCGGCAGUUUAGUGCGAAUACGUCAGAGUCAAAACUUCAAGAUGAAAGUAAAGAACCAACGAAGCCACUUGCUAAAAUUCAAGCAAGACUUAUGAUCCAGUUUACGUGUAAAAAAUGUGAUACGCGAAGUUCUAAGACUAUGUCAAAGCUAGCUUAUGAAAAAGGUAUAGUAAUUAUUCGGUGUGAUGGUUGCAAAAAUAAUCAUCUGAUUGCUGAUAACUUGGGCUGGUUUAAUGGAGAUAGACAAAAAGUAAAUAUUGAAAAACUAAUGCAGUUAAAUGGUGAAAAAGUAAAAAGAUUGAACGCGUAUGGACAUGAGAUUUUUGAAGUUGUUGAAAAAAAAGUGUUAGUAAUGAAAAGUGUUGAUAAGAAGUAA